AUGGCGCAGUCUGAAGCCCCUCUGCUACAGGCCAUUGAGGACCUGGACCAGCUGCCAGGCGUCGUUAUUAAGGAAACAACGCAGGUUAUAGAUGCGGUCAUGGCCUCCAUCGGUGGUGCCUACGAGGCGGCCAACAAGUACAAGGUCAAAGCGUUGCCAGCGGACAAGCGCCUCGCGACGGUGCACAAUGAGCCGGGCACCUGGUCUCCCUCCUCUAAGGAAGUGGAUGCCUUACCGGAAGUGUAUUAUGUCGAGGAGUCUUCGUCCUGCUGUCUGCGUGUAUGCCUUGCGCACUUCGGUGGCCUGAACCUUCGGGCUCUCCAGCUUCACUUUUAUCAGGGCAAUAAGGAGAAAUACACGGUUCAGCGACCCUGCAAGCUCGGCGGGUGCUGCUGCUGCCCUCUGGAGAUGAGCCUAUUCGCCAAGGACGGCACACUGCAAGGGAUGGUUGUUGAGGACUAUGACGGCUACUGCUCCAAAUAUUGCGAGCAGUCCUGUUUGUGCACUUAUCGACAGAAGGUAUUGGUGGGUUCGUCCCGCAACAGUCUGGUCCACAAGUACUCGCUGGUCAGCCCCAUGUGCUGCUGCGGACGGGUCAACAAUUGCUGCGGAGCAACGUGUUGCAAGCCGCAGCUGUUUAUUGACAUUGAGGAACCUGACGGCACACUGGCGGCUGUGGCGCAUAAGACGUACGGCGGCGGUCGGGGUUGCACCGACUGCUGCCGCUGCGUCUUUGACUUUAGCAACUACGUAUUACCCUUCCCGCCUAAGGCCACCCUUCAGGAGCGGGUGCUGCUGCUGACGGCCAUGUUGAGCAUUGAGUACGCGUACUUCAGCCGAAGGGGUGGAGAGAACAACGACUGAGAUAGGGGACCCCGCGGAAUGGUACCUUUGGGGGGAAGGGGAGGGGAGGUGAGGUGGUGGAGAUGAUCUAGGAGAUUAUCCUUAUCCGAGGUGGGAUGAUGCGGGUGGUGCUUGGGUUCGGGGGGAGG